AUGAGAGACAUCAAGAAGCUCAAGGACAAUUCCGGUGGCAGGAAGAAAGCCCUUGUCUGCCCGCCCUCACUCGUUCUCGUCAAGCAUUCUACAUCUGGCCUCGGACACGGACUCGGACUCGAAACCGGACUCCAUCUCAGCAGACUCGAGUUCGUGCUCGAGCUCCCUUUCAGACGCGUCGACAUCCCCGCCUCCGACGAGCCCGGUCUCUACUUCAUCAAUCGCAUCGGCGCCUCCGACACAUUCGGCCUCGUUGCACGCUACCUGCCGGCCGCCUCGGUUCCAGCCGCUGCUGGCGCUGUCCCUCUGGGCUCUACCUUCGCCUCGGCCUCGCCGCCUAGCCUCGCCGCCGCCGCUCCCGGCAGCCACCCCUUUGUCGCGACCUGGAACAACUGUUCAGAGGAAGACGCCCCCCCGCGUAGGCUGUCCGACCUCUUCGAUGCCAAGGGUAUUGCGUUUAUCUUGGUCGGCCUCUUUCGUAUCGUCGGCUUGUACCGUCUCAAUGACCAAGAUCUUCUGACGAUCGUCGUUGCUGUGCGUCCGGGCUCACUCUCCGUGGCCUCGGCACGUGAGGUUGUCGUCGAGAUCUGUCUCCUGCUAAAGACGUACAACUGCCUCGACUCAGUUGCUGUAGAACUCGUUGAGGGUGAACACGUUCUUUACGAAGGCAACCAAUCUACUGCUUCUAUUACGGGUGCUUCUGCUGCUACUACUUAUACUGUUACCUCUGAGGCUUCCACGCGUCAUCUCCGCUCAGGCAAGCGCUUCACGACAGGUCAGGGCAUCAGCUUCGAGGACACAUACCUCGAUCAUCCACUCCCAGGAACAAGUAUCGGCCCAGCACUGUCGGCCCAGACAGGCACUCUAGGAUGCUAUCUGAAACUUGAAUUGUUGCACUGCGACAGUACACAGGAGGCGGAGAUUCUCGCCGUGACCUGCCAUCAUGUCCUCUACCCAGAUCGUUUCGACGAGCUCAAAGUCUGUGUCGAGAAGCAACCUCUGGUCGAGCAUCCUUCUGUCAAAGACUCAGCCCUCUGGAUCGCUACUCUUCAGGAGCGUAUACGUUACUUGGAGGGCUGUAUCUUCCCAGCCCAGCAUGUCCGCGACACGCUUGGCCACAUGCAGGGGGAACUGCACCUGACCGCCGAGCACACACACAGUCUCGUCUUCAAGGUUGGCCGCACCACAGGCGUUACACUGGGCCGCUUGAACGGAACCGAAGUCCUGACCCGCCAUACUAGAUGGACUUGGCCCCCGACAGGUCAGGGUGCUAAGGCGAUGGGCGAGGAGGUCACCACGGUGAUGGAGCACGCCGUCAUGCCCGUCGCCCCAGCCGACUGCAACUCCGACGCCCACUUCGCCCACCAUGGCGACUCCGGCGCCCUGAUUUAUAACACGCGGUUCCAGCCUGUCGGACUGCUGUUCGGUGGCUUCCGGACAGUCUCUGGCCGCGACCUGGCUCAAGCCUGGCCCCUCGAUGACCACGACGAGCGCCGCCGCGAUAACGAUGACCAUGGCCCAAGCGAGAUUGCCAUGUCCUUCCACAAACCGGGUGUGGAUCUUAAGGGGGUUUCACUCUAUACGCCCAUCGACGUCGUGCUGGCCAGCAUGCACUUGGCCCUCAGUGCCAGGUUUGGAGAGAAGGGAUUCGGGCUUGUCAUUGUUUGA